UAACAUAACCUCAAAUGGAUUCUUUUUUCCAGUGUUCAUUCGGCAUUGUUUUUGUAAAUGUUUACAAGUUGAUGCAAAUAAGAGAAGUGGUCGAAGAAUUGGAGACGCAUCCUGAUCAUUUUGUUAACUUUGAUGCUUUGGAAAGCACUCAAGGUUUAAUGAAAUCUUUGGAAGCCAUUCUGAUGUUUAUUGUUUACUUGAAAUUUUUCAAGUUUUUGGAUGUCAGUCGAUCUUUGAGUCUGUUGCAAUUAGCCUUUGUGAAGUGCAUACGCGACAUUUUUGCCUUUUCAAUUUUAUUCUUUCUCGUAAUGGUUGCGUUCGCUUUUUGGGGACACCUAUUGUUUGGGAGGCAGUUGAAAUCAUAUUACACAUUCGGAGAUUCAAUAUUCACCUUAUUGAAAGCAGUUUUGAGCGAUUUUAACUAUGAACAAAUUGAAGACGCUGACUAUAUAAUGGCACCGAUUUUUUUCACACUUUUCAUGAUAAUUGUUUUCUUUAUUCUACUGAACAUGUUAUUGGCCAUCAUAAAUGACUCAUACAGUUUGGUUUUGGAAGAACAAUCGCAGUCAAAACAAGAAAUGCUCAUGUUGGAUUUUUUGAAGCCAAAAAUUUUAAGAAUGCUGAAAUUUAUGAAAAUAAACUUCAAAAUAAGGGAGACCAAAUCUCUGAGUGAUUAUGAUAAAACGGUUGAUCAAAUAACCGAGAUUUUUAAAAAGUGUCACUUUUCCGAUGUUGAGAUUGACAUGUUUUUCAAACGCUACAACAUCGAUGAUACUUCCAGAGUGAAAAAUGACGAUAUAGAAUAUUUGUUAGGUGAUUUGGACAAUCCCUUAGAACCACUGGCAACACCACUAACUCAAAAUGAUGAAGAUUUUGUAAAAUUUGAAGAUUUUGAGCGGUAUUAUCAAACUCAGUUUUAA